UCAGCCUGGAUUCGCCAAUCAUCAUCAUAUACACCAACUCUCUCAUCCGAUCUAUGCAUAAGCCGGCCGGACCUCCACAGCAAGCCAUGAUGUCACACGCCCUCGGGAUCAUUUUAUUCAGGCUAUUUGAACGGAUAAAACACAUAUCAAAAUGAUUUAAGGCUGGAGGGAAUACUAGCUAAGGCUUCAAUCUCAAGGCCGUUGAGCAAAAUGUAUCGCUGGUUGGUGGCCCUAACAGCCUGCGCCGCACACCUGGUGCAGGCGACCCCGAUCCAGACGCGAGAAUCGGAUUACUUCCUGCCCAACUCGACUGGAUUUCGCAUGCAGCAUGGGUUCGAAACUAUUCUGGUGCAGCCCUUUGGCUACGAUGGGUUCCGUGUGCGCGCUUGGCCCUUCCGGCCUCCUACGGGGCAUGAGAUCAGCUUCAUCUACGAUCCGCCACUGGAAGGCUUUGAGGAUGGACAAGCACAUGAGAUGAACUUUGACACGGCAUUUAAUGGUAACCACACCGUUGCCAUUCGCAAUGGAAACACUAUUGUGCGAACGUCUGGUUGGGGUGGAAACCCCGGAGGAUAUCGGCUGGCAUUCUAUCGCAUCGAGCAAGAUGGUUCUGAGACCCUGUUGACAAACGAGUAUGCGCCACUCAAAUCGGUCAACCCCCGUUACUACUCUUGGAACGGUCCAGGAAGCGAAUUCUCUGCCGAGUUCUCGUUCAGUACAACACCCGACGAGCAGUUCUAUGGCACGGGCACACAACAGGACCAUCUUGUCAACAAAAAAGGAACGGUCAUUGACUUGAUCAACUUCAACACUCACAUCCCGACACCCGUGUUCAUGAGCAACAAGGGCUAUGCAUUUGUCUGGAAUAUGCCAGCCCAGGGUCGCAUGGAAUUCGGACAACUACGCACCAAACUCACCGCAGCCUCCACCACAGUCGUCGACUAUGUGAUCGUAGCCACGACGCCAAGCGACUACGACACACUCCAGAGACGUUUAUCUGCCUUGACAGGUAGAGCACCUACUCCUCCUGACUUCUCGCUCGGAUACAUCCAGUCUAAGCUCCGCUAUGAGAACCAGACGGAACUAGAGCUCCUGGCACAGAAGUUCAAAGACAACGACGUGCCCGUCGGAAUGUUCGUCAUCGAUUACCAGUCCUGGCGGAAUCAGGGCGACUGGGGUCUCGAUCCAGCGCUAUGGCCAGACGUAGCAGCAAUGGCCAAGAAAGUAAAAGAUCUCACGGGGGCAGAGAUCAUGGCAUCUCUCUGGCCCAGUGUAUCCGACGCUAGCGACAACUACUUAGAGCUGCAAGCCAACGGAUACUUGUCUGCAACUCGUGACGGCCCCGGAACCACCGAUUCAUGGAAUGGCUCAUACAUCCGCAAUGUCGACUCAACGAACCCAGGCGCGCGAAAGUUCAUCUGGUCGACCUUGAAGCGAAACUACUAUGACAAAGGGAUCAAGAACUUCUGGAUCGAUCAAGCUGACGGUGGUGCCCUUGGGGAAGCCUACGAAAACAACGGUCAAAGCACCUACAUCCAGUCUGUCCCCUUCGCCCUACCCAACGUCCUCUACGCGGUUGGUACCCAGCAGAGCGCCGGGAAAUAUUACCCGUGGGCCCACCAGCAGGCAAUCGAUGAAGGCUUCCGCAACGUCACCGACAGCAAGGAAGGCGAAGCCUGUGAGCACAUCUCGCUCAGUCGGUCCGGCUAUAUCGGGUCUCAAAGAUUCUGCAGCAUGAUCUGGUCAGGAGAUGUCACGUCUGUCUGGGAGACACUGGGUCUUCAAAUUGCCAGUGGACUGUCCGCCGCCGCGACAGGCUGGGGCUGGUGGACGAUGGACGCCGGCGGCUUCCAGCCCGACCCGACAGUAUCAUGGAGCGCUAACAUCGACACGCCAGAGUAUCGCGAGUUGUACGUGCGUUGGCUGCAGUGGGCUACGUUCGUUCCCUUCAUGCGCACGCACGGUCAACGAGUCUGCGACACACAGGAUGCAUACACGUGUAACAACGAGCCGUGGUCGUACGGAGAGAAGAACACCCCGAUUAUCCUCUCGUACAUCCACCUCCGGUACCAGCUGGGCUGGUAUUUGCGCGCUCUUUUCGACCAGUUCCACAAGACUGGUCGCAUGAUCAUGCGUCCCUUGUACAUGGAUUUCGAGAAGACCGAUCCGAAGGUCUCGCAGUGGACGCAAGCGAACAACAAUGUGACAACGCAGCAGUAUAUGUUCGGCCCGAGAUUGCUUGUGUCACCUAUUACCACGCCGAAUGUCACCGAAUGGUCGGUAUAUCUUCCGCAAACGGGCCAGAACGAUACCAAGUCUUGGACGUACUGGUGGACUAAUCAGUCCUAUGCUGGUGGUCAGACGGUUACUGUGCCCGCGCCGGUGGAACAUAUACCUCUAUUCCAUCUUGGGAAGAGGGAGGAUAUUCUUAGUGGUAAUGUCUUCUAAGAAAUGAUAUGUCUUUAUGACUGGAGCAGGUAUGAGGAAGAAUAUAAUCAUGCCGGAUGUUUAAACCAUAUACGAAUCUCCUAAGAUCCACUCUCAAUUAUAAGACUCCAA